CGAGGGCUAUCACGACUUCUUGGCCUGAAGCCAAAAGCAACAGCUCUGCCCUUGAGCAUUGCCUUCUUUACUACUCACACUCUCUUCAAGCUCCUUCAUAACAAAUUAAUCAUGUCGGCAGUGCCCAACCUGCCAGAAGGCCUGAUUCAUCCUCCACCAAACAACUUUGAAGCUGCUAAGAUCCAUAUCGACAAAUCUGUAAACGGCAACUGGAAGAUCGACCACAUCGAAGACUCAGGGCACCAGCAAAGCAAUAGCGUCAAGCCUGAGAGGAAAGCAUGGCAACUGCACGAUGUACCCGUUGAGAAUCAACGACCAAUGAAGGUCAUCGUUAUCGGCGCUGGAUACUCAGGCGUGUACUGCGGGAUCCGUAUUCCCGAGCGAUUAAGAAAUUGCGAGCUGGUAAUCUACGAAAAGAAUGCUGGAAUCGGUGGCACCUGGUACGAGAAUCGAUACCCCGGAGCUGCUUGCGAUAUCCCAAGCCAUUCAUAUCAAUUCUCCUUCAACCCGAGACACGACUGGUCCAGCCUCUACGCCCCAUCAUGGGAAAUACGGGAGUAUAUUGAGAACACAGCCAAGAAAUACGGCGCAGAUCGGUUCAUCAAAUUACAACACGAAGUGAUAGGUUGUCGAUGGUCACAAGACCUUGGCAAAUGGUUCGUCAAAGUCAAUAAACCUGACGGCACAAUCUUCGAAGAUAGCUGUGAUGUUCUCAUCAGUGCGAGAGGUCUAUUGAAUACGAAGCAAUGGCCUAAAAUCCCCGAGUUCGAGAAAUUCCAGGGUGAGGUUAUGCAUUCGGCUGCGUUCAACGAGAAUUACGAUUUUCGAAAUAAACGUGUUGGGAUUAUUGGUAGUGGGAGCAGUGCUAUUCAGAUUGUUCCGCAGCUACAAAAAGUGUCCGGUGCACAGCUGUCGUGUUUUAUCCGCAGCAGGACUUGGAUCUCGCCCCCUUUCGGUCAACGCGUCGCUGAAGAAUAUAAAUUGGGCGAUGGCCUGAUCAUUUCCAAGGAACAGAUCGCUCAGUUUGAGGCUGAUCCCAAGGCCUGGUUCGAAUUCAGGACGAAGAUUGAGGCAGAUGCGAAUAAUAUCCAUGCGUCAACGUUGAAAGGUACUGGGAUGCAAAAGGCAGCGCAAGAAAUGUUCGAUCAGACGAUGAGAACGCGUCUGGCGAAAAAGCCCGAGUACUACGACCUCUUGAAACCCAAUUUCGCACCUGGGUGUAGGCGUCUUACACCAGGGCCUGGAUUCCUCGAAGCACUGGUUGAAGACAAUGUCGCACUGAUCAACAAUGGCAUCGCUCGCAUGGAGCCCAAAGGAGUUGUAACCGAGGAUGGCAAGCUUCAUGAGAUCGAUGUGCUGGUUUGCGCCACGGGCUUCCAUGCCAGUGCUGCCCCUCCGUUUCCUGUUGUUGGUCUCAACGGACGAUCAUUGCAGGAGCAUUGGCAUGAUCGCGCAUACAACUACCUCAGUCUUGCGACAGAUAAUUUGCCGAAUCACUUCUUCAUGCUAGGCCCAAACGGCGCAAUCGCCGAGGGAUCUCUCACAAUGAUGAUCGAGAGCACAGGAGACUACAUCUGCAAAGCGAUCCGAAAGCUGCAGAAGGAUAACCUCAAAUCCAUGGUCAUCAAGCCCCGUCUCGUCCGCGACUUCACCCGCUACUGCGAUGCCUAUUUCGAAGGCACCGUGUUCAAAGACGACUGUAAAUCCUGGUACCGCAAGAACGGACAAGGAGUCCCCUCAGAACAUGUUACUGGGCUGUGGCCAGGAAGUACGAUUCACUGCAUUGAGGCUUUGAGGUCUCCUAGAUGGGAAGACUACGAAUAUGAGUCUUUGCCUGAGGAGAACGGGGCGGAAGUAAAUCAGAUGGCUUGGUUGGGUAACGGAUGGGGGGUCAAUCAGCUUACGGAGCAGGACCAGCAGGUUCGGGACGUCGAUUUGAGCUUCUAUCUUUACCCUGAGUUUCAAGAGAGGUAUUUUGGGACUCCGGAAAGUGGUAGACCGGAGGAGGGGGAGCACUAUAGGAUACGACCUUGGUCGUAUUGAAGUUGGGGGUAUCAAACGAGGUGAUAGUCUGCUGCACUCGAUCAGUGUCGCGAAGUAAUCGGCAUGGCGCUCGCAAGCUCAGCUGCGUUGCAGAUGGGUGGCAAGAAGCAAGCGAGGUGUGUUCGAACGUUGUCAACGAGGUGUGAGAGACGAAGUUCCAGCAAUAGGCGCAGCCAGGGCGGCACGAGAGCAUACGGGAAGAUCCAUGAAUCUGGCGGGCGUCGGUAGUUGCGCGUUUGUUUCAGAAGGCGGCAUGAAUCGCAGCCGAGAUGCGUGGUUGUAUGAGAGUUCAGCAAUAUUCCUGGAAGCUAAGAUCACGUUGGUGAAGAAAUAAUAGUAUCGCGGCUAAAGGCAUCUAUAUCGGUCGGCGGGAGCCGUGAGCGGGCUAUCGACAUUUCCAGAGAUAUGUCCAUGGCAGGACGGCCCAUGGUUGGACAUAUCGCCACCCAGUACAUCUCGCCCUUGCCACGUCGGCACUGUGACUGUGAGGAAGGCGCGAUUCGUCGCGUGUACGUACUAUGCAGUCGCAGUUGCGACAGCAGAAGUGAGAGGAAUCGCGCGUUGCCAAAUCGGGUAUAACAGGA